CAAGGGAGUCUGGUCCUGAACAACAACAGAAGAGUUGUUCCUUUGUCCAGCUGGCCUGAGUCCAUCCUCUAUUGGACAACAAACUACACGGAGUUGUCUAAACGAAACUCUGUACACCUCUAUAUUGUUUCCCUUCUAUAGUAUAGAAUAGCCUAACAACUCAACUUGAUCUAGAAGCAUUUUUGUAGGGGAACACCACAUAUAAGGCUGUUGAGUUAUAUAUUAAGAAUACCAAAGUACAACAUUUUACAUAAAGUAAAGUAAAAUGUAUCCCCUGUGCAGCUUUAGUUUCUUUUAUUUUUCUUGUCAUUUUAAUUUAUUGAAAUUACGCUUUUAUUCUGAAGGACUAGGGGUCGGAAAUGUUUCGCUGUAGUUGCUCGCAGGAAAACCCCUCUCUAUUUCCUCCUCCACCAUACAGUUCGUUCUCUCUGGAGUCUGAGAACUGAUCUAAAGAAAGGUAAUGGCUUUGACCAAGAGUGGAAAAGCGCUUCCCCUGCAAGGAGCGGAGGGACAGGACCGUAAAGACGGCGGGACGACGGACACGAGUGACUCCGGCCGUUUGGAGUCUUGUUUGGAUCAACCAAUGGAUUCAAGCGGUAUCCAUGAAGUCAUCAAGUUUUUGCCCUCCCCGCUACCAGCCAAACAUUAUGACGCCGACACCACCGAACCGAUCAGCUGUGGUCUUCAAUCUUUGGAGGAGCUGUUGUCAUGGAAGCGAAACGAGGCGAACCCCUUCAAUGUGGCGGCUGUCCCGCUGGCACCUCGGGAGCCUCCUCUUGCCAAAUGUCUCCGUCGCACCCUGGUGUCUCAUGACAUGAUGGGAGGCUACCUGGAUGACCGGUUUACCCAGGGGACCAAUGCAAAGGCCCCAUACGCCUUCUAUCACUGGCAGUACAUUGAUAUUUUCAACUACUUCACACACAACAUGGUGACGGUCCCUCCUGCUGUGUGGACCAAUGCAGCUCAUAAACAUGGAGUUGUUGUUCUCGGGACUUUCAUCACAGAGUGGACCGACGGAGCCAAAGUGUGCGAGGCCUUCCUGAAAGAGGAGGAGUCGUACCGGGCGGUGGCUGAUAAACUAGUCCAGAUCAGCCACUGUUACGGCUUCGAGGGCUGGCUCAUAAACAUAGAGAACAUUCUCAGUAAGGUCGCAGUAAUGAACACACCGUUGUUCCUGCGCUACCUGACGGAUCAGAUGCACGAGCGGGUGCCUGGCAGCCUGGUGCUGUGGUACGACAGUGUGAUCGAGGACGGACAACUGUUGUGGCAAAAUGAGCUCAACCAGUCCAACAGGGUGUUUUUCGACGCAUGCGAUGGUCUCUUCACCAACUACAACUGGACAGAGCAGAGCCUGGAGCGGAUGGGGGACUACGGCGGGAUCCAAGGCCGCAAGGCCGAUGUCUACGUCGGGGUGGACGUGUUUGCACGUGGCAAUGUGGUGGGCGGGAUGCUGGAAACGAACAAGGCGCUGGAAGUCAUUCGGAAGCAUGACUUCUCCACGGCCAUCUUUGCCCCAGGCUGGGUGUAUGAGAGCCACGAAGACAAGACCCAGUUCCGCAAGAAUCAGGACAAGUUCUGGGCCCUUCUGUCAGACUACCUUUACAUCCAUCGGACGGACUCGCCGCUCCCCUUCGUCUCCUCCUUCUGCCAGGGCUUUGGGAAGGCUGUCUACUGGAAGGGACAGCGCGAGGCUAACGGCAGCUGGUUCAACCUGAGCGCCCAGGAGAGCCAGCCCUUGUACUACCACACGGAGCUGGAGGGCCGGGCCUGGCUGAGCAGCCGGGCGUGCCCAGAGGACGCCUGGAAUGGGGGGUGCUCGCUGCUGCUGGAAGGACUCAUCCCCGCAGCGCACACGUCUCCAGUUUGUGCCAAGAUCCUGUCCCUCCACGUGCCCCUGGCAUCCAAGAUUAUGGUGUCCCUCAUCUACAAGCCUUCCCCCGGGAUCACAGUGUCCCUGGAGCUGAAGACCACAGACGGCAGUCUUUGCGCCGAUGUGGACGUCCAGGAUGUCAAACCUGGCAGCGUGUCCCCUGUGUUGGAGGAUGAGGGGCUCCAGCUGGUGGGCCAGUUCACUCAGCUGUGCGGCAACGUGAGUCCGGCUGGCUGGACUGUCGGGUGUUCACAGUUGGAGCUUCAGCGCUGCACCCUCAGAGAGGUUUGUCUCCGCAUUCAGCGGGACAGGCCGGAGGACACGCCCUUCACCUGCAGGGUGGGAGAAAUCCUGCUUUUGGACGGUGCCAGUCUGCAGGCUCCCCCUGAGGCGGUUCAGGACCUGUACCUCUACGACGUAGUGUGGCUGCACGGUACCUUGCCCGGGUCCAGCUCUCCCUCUCUGCACUUUAACGCCACCCUGCACUGGAAGUACCCAGCCAAGCUCGCGCGCCACUUCCGGGUGUACUGGCGUCGGCUGAGAGGACCCGAUCCCAGGAUUCCCCCAGGUCAAUUGGUUCUGGUGGGCCGGGCGUAUUCUAAUUUUUUUAGAGUGACGGAGCUGGCCGUGCCGGAACCGUCCAGCCUGCUGGAGCUGGUGGUGGAGCCGGUGAGCAGGGAGGGCAUCCCGGUCCCAGAGGUCCACUGGGGACGAAGUAGCCUCAGCUACGCAGAGGAAUCAGCAAAAUGACUUGACAAAUGACAACUCGUUCCAGUGCCAACCCAACUUUCAAAUCUGAAUGUCACUACAUCUUUAGAUGGAAAAAAAGAGGAGCUGUAGCCCAAAAUACACGAGGCUAGUCUGCAUGUUAUUGUGGCUUGCUUUGUUUCAGAUUUGAAUACUGUCUGUGUUCUUGAGCUUCCAACAGUACCAUGUGGUUUUCAUUUGGACUCCAUUGAGUACCUUUUAUUAAGAGGGAGAUAAGAAAAUUGACACCAGUAUCUAGAAUGCUUCAGCUGUAAACCUUUUUUAUAAAACGUAAAAAAGUGUAAAAUCAUUAAAGAGGACAUUUCUGAACUACUUAAAUACAAGUAGGUUGACACACAUGAAAGUCAUGUGUCAAGGCUAGUCAAAGGUUUCCUUCCCCGGCUUGGACUGCUCUUCUUAGAUAACACAAGCAGCGGGGCUGGACCAGCUUGACUGGUCACCUGUCCCACAUCAACUGGAGUUGUUUUUUAUGAUGAUUUUAUGAACACUUUGUUUACACUUAGACAAUAAAACUCUACAUCAGGACUUCUUUGGGAUACUAUCCUGAUACUGCCUCACAAAUCAUCCUUAGCAUCCGUUUACAGCAGAUAAUACAUCUUAUAAAUAAAUGGACUGUACUCGUA